UCGCAGAGCGAACCAGAGCAGACCAAGAUCAUCUCGAGCAGUAGUCCGAAGGCGAUUGGGCCAUCCAAAAAUAGACCAAAGUCAUCGAAAGUUGAGGCACCGCAAACAAAAACUUCUGCAAAAAAUAGAACAUAAAUUUUCCAUUUCGUGCGUAUCGAUUCGAGGGACAUAAUUCGGAACUGCGCAGUUUGCCGGGAAAUUGUGAGGAAAACUCUUCUUUCAUGUCUUGCCAAAAUCUUCGCAGCGUUCAGGCCAAAGGAGUAAACAGCUGCCGCGCUCGACAAGCGGCAAUGUCAGCAGUUUAACAAGAAAGUAAAAAUCAUACAACCAAACGAAUAACAAAUCCAUCGGGCAAAUAUAGUAGAUAUAUCAUUGAAAUUAAUAAUAAUAAUAAUUCGCCAAAGUGCAAGUGAAUCGAGAGCGACAGAGAAGAGUGCGGAACAACUUUCCGCAGGAAAACAAAAAAAGGAAGACCGAGACUGGGGUGCAAAAAUUGAUUUCGUUAGCCUUUUGCCAGCACCAAUUGCAUGGGUAAAGUUAUGAGAGUGAAUUCAUUACCGCCGCCCGCCCACAACUGCCACGCCCACGCCCGCUCCAAGCAACAACAGCAGAAACAAUUGAAAUUGAAGAAAAUCGAAAUAUAUUUUAUGUUCAACAAUUUGUGCAAGCGAAAAACUUUAACGGAGUAUAAUUUAUUGACACUAAAACGGGAUAGUGAGUGAAGCAAAGCGCUAAAACAGUGACAGUGAUCGUUAAAAUUUUAAUCAGCAUAAAUCAUAAGGAGAAAAAUUAGUCACAUUUCGUAGCAGAAAUAAAUAGUUAGAAGAGCGAUUUUGCGAGGAGCGUGGGCUGUCAGCAAAUCAAGGAUUGCCACACAUACAGUCAGUAAGACCGGAUCAAAAUGGUUGGAGUUACUGCCGACGCCUCGCAGGCGAAUCAGCUGUCCUCGGUCCGGAACCCGAUGAUCAAGUACAUGCUGAAGACCCGGGAGAACCAUGCUCGGGAACAGGAUCGCGACUACUCGCAUGUCUUUCGCCGGAAGACGCGUUUCGAGAUGUUUCGCUUGUCCGCCAUCGCCAUGGCCAUUGAGUUUGCCUACGCGGCGGAGACGAGUUUCGUCUCUCCGAUUCUCCUACAGAUCGGUGUGGAUCACAAACACAUGUCCAUGACCUGGGGACUGUCGCCACUGAUUGGAUUCUUUAUGUCCCCGCUGCUGGGAAGUAUUAGCGAUCGCUGCAAACUUCGUUGGGGUCGCCGACGUCCAAUUAUCUCGAUUCUAUCGUUUGGCAUAAUGUGCGGUUUGAUUCUGGUGCCAUAUGGCAAGGAUCUGGGUCUGUUGCUUGGCGAUGCCGGAUAUACUUAUGCACAGUCAGCCUUGAAUUUCACAUCUUCGACGGCGGGAUCUGUGGCUGCUUUGGUUUCGGGUGAAGCGCCGACAGGACCUUCUGCAUCCGACUUUAAGUUCGCCGUGAUCCUUACGAUUUUGGGCAUGGUCCUAUUGGAUUUCGAUGCGGAUACCUGCCAGACUCCUGCUCGCACUUAUUUACUGGAUAUGUGUGUGCCAGAGGAGCAGCCGAAAGCCAUGACCAUGUUUGCGCUCUUCGCGGGAUUCGGCGGCACGAUUGGAUAUGCCAUUGGUGGAGUGGAUUGGGAGACGACGCAUAUUGGAAGUUUUAUGGGUGGAAAUAUACCUACUGUGUUCACCCUGGUCACCAUCAUAUUCGCGGUGUGCUAUCUGAUCACGGUGACCACAUUCCGUGAAAUUCCACUGCCCUUGAUCGAGCAGGAUGAGCUGCUGCGCCCGCUGUCCGAACAGGCCAUCAAGAAGGAGCUGAAAAAGAAGAACAAUACCAUUUACUAUAUCCAGGAGACCACACAGCUGGAGUUCCAGAUGGCCAGUGAUGAUCCCAAACGAUUGGAGGCACUGCAAGGCAGCUAUCAGAAUGGCUACUCACCAGCUCUGGAGAAGCAAAGGAAAUCCCAGGACUUGGAGACCCAGUCGGACUACGAUGCUCCCGUCUCCCUGAAGGCCUAUCUCAAAAGCAUCUUCAUCAUGCCCUACUCCAUGCGCAUGCUGGCCCUCACCAAUCUCUUCUGCUGGAUGGGCCACGUCACCUAUUGCCUCUACUUCACGGACUUUGUGGGCGAGGCAGUUUUCCACGGUGAUCCCACGGCUGCUCCCAACUCGGAAGCUGCUCUCAACUACGAGGCUGGAGUGCGAUUUGGCUGCUGGGGAAUGUCCAUAUACGCAUUUUCCUGCUCCAUUUACUCGCUGUCGGUGACCAAGUUAAUGAAGUGGUUCGGAACCAAGGCGGUCUAUAUUAGUGGAAUGAUUUACUAUGGUAUUGGAAUGCUUGUCCUGGGCUUGUGGCCAACUAAAUGGGGAGUCUUGGUGUUCAGCACGUCAGCAGGUAUUCUAUAUGGAACCAUAUUUACGGUGCCUUUCAUAUUGGUAGCUAGAUAUCAUGCCAAAAAUUGUUUCUGUAUUAAGAAUGGAGAGACAGUGCCAUUGAAGCAGGCUCGUGGAUUGGGCACUGAUGUGGCCAUUAUCAGCAGUAUGGUGUUUAUUGCCCAGUUGAUUGUAUCCCUUUCCGUGGGUCCUUUGGUAUCCUGGAUGGACACAACUUGUGCUGUGCUCUACGCCUCGACGUUUCUGUCGUUCUUGGCGGCCAUUGCUGCCAUGUUUGUGUUAUAUGUCUAGGAAUCUAAGGAUAUAGCGAAUAAGUGGCCAAUAUGAACACGAAUGUUACAUGAUUUUACGUAGCGUAAAUGUAUCUAGUUGAGUAUCUUUGCCUACUUUCUGGCAGUAUCUGCGACUGCA